AUGGUAACAAUUAGACGACAGUCCCGGCCGAUGGCACUCGGUACGGUACUGCUUCUGCUGGUGAUGGUUGGGCUCCAUCCAGCCGUACACGCAGCCGGCACGGAAAAUCACACUACCAGCUCGCACCGUCCGAAUGAGCUGGAAGAGUUUGAGAGCGCCCUGACCGACUACGUAGGCGAUUGGUUUAGUCGGAAUUCAAAGGAUUUAAUUGAAAGUGCCUUCGUUGAUGGACGAUCCGCCGCGACAGCCAACUCGUCGACGACGCUGAGCAACUUUGAUCGUGCCGUCAUUAAGGGAGUGGCACGGUUUCUUGGUACGGCCGCAGAUGUUGCCCAAAGCCGUGCGUCGGCAAAGGCACCAGAAACGGGACGGUUGUUUUUCUUCAAAGGCAUGAAGAAGCUGCUAUGGCCGGUCAUGAUUGGAUUGCAAAUUGUUAAAACCGUGCUGGUCAUGAUGUUCCUGCCCAGCAUCAUCGGUUCACUGGGCAAGAUAGUUGGCAAAGCAGGGUUAUCCUCGGUUUCUGGACUGUCACAUCCGGUGCAGACGGUUGAUGAUUUAGACUUCAAGGACACCACGUCUUACAAUGCGGACCACGACUUUGGUAUGAAUGAUGGACACGGCUAUUUGCCAUCAGAUGAUGCCCAUGCAGCGGGAACGAGCUACAACUCCAUCGUAUACGAUCCAGCCUCAAUGGGAACCCACACUAAUGCAGCCAACGCACUGUCGCGGUUAGGGUACGGAGGCGGUCGUGUAACGUACGUCGGACCAUCGAUGGCUCAGGCAGCUAACCGGCGGAAGCAACAGUCGGCCAAAAACGAUUUCAAGAUAUUCCACGACAUCCCGAGCAGCAGCCUACUGUUGACGAACUACGAUCCCUUCUACAGUCCGCUGCUGUCCCGCCUGGACGCCAUCUUUGCCCAGAUGGGAUUGUCCAACAAGGAGGAACAAUGUCGACAGCGGCUCGUCUGCCUAAUGUACGCGAAUCCGGCCAAAUAUGCACCGUACAGUAAUUUAAUAUCGGCGCAACUGAGCAGGGAGCUGGAUGAGCUUCGGAAGCCGACCAACGAUAAUCCCGACAUCCUGCGAUUCUUCAAGUACAUGCGAGCGGCCAAGGAUGGGCAGGACGGGGUGAACUGUGACGCACACUACAAGGAUUGCGUCGGUUACAAGGACCUGUCGAAUCCGGCCAUGGUUACCACGUUCAACGACAUUAACAAGCUCGUCCAUGCACGCAAACUGUAG